AUGUCCAUAGAAUCUUUCACAGAUCUAGACUUCAAAACCUCUGCUGCUACUCUGCUUCAGUGCGAUGUGACCACGGCCCAAACUCAAUCCAACCCUAAACAACAUAUAGUGAUACAGGGUGCAACAGAAUCAACGGCUGCCAUUGCUGGGAAUAAGGUGGAGCAGGAUCGAGGUCUCGAUCGGCAGUACGCUAAAUCGCAGCCAAAAGGCACUGAGUCUGUAAAAAUUCUCAAAACAUCUAUAAUAGGCAAGGCUCAGCCGCCGAAUGGUUCAAGCUCUCGGUCACGACCAGUAGAGGUCAUUUGGGACACAGAAGCGCAGGCAGAGCUUCUGCUAGAAAGAAAAUCGUCUCUGCUGACCAUGCAUGCCGGAGCUUUCCUUCCGCCGGAUUUUGAACCAAAGACACGCAGGAAAAUGCAAAUUUUGAUAAACGAUAUAAACAUCCGAAAGAUCAAAGGCGAAACAGACCUAAAAAUAAAAGGAGGAGACAUAGUCCACAUCGAACUAAAUUUUCUUUGGCCGGAAGUAGUCAGACGAAAAUCUUAG